UUAAAAAAUCCAUUUUUCAAUUACAACAUUCCUCCGAUCAAACCGUUGUUAAGGUUCCAAGAACAGAGCAUGAUUUUGCUUUUGGAGCCAUGCUAAGGGUGGUCUAACAAUGGCACACAAAACCCUCUUCAGACCAACUUUCAUUCUCACACUCCACAAAAUGCCCAUUCCAGUUUCAUACCGCUCAUUUCGCCCCUCUCAACAACCCUUUUCCUUCCUCAACACCCACCGAAUCCCACUUCCUGCAACAGCAAGAACAACCAGCAACACUCACACCCACUUAUGGUGCUCUAAUUUCAGCACCAAUACGGCAAUUGAGGGUUCAGAAAAAUGUUACCUUUACCUCACGGACGAGGAUUUGAUGCGGCAGUGCGAGAUGGAUACCUUCAAGGCCUCAGGACCUGGUGGUCAACACCGUAACAAGCGCGAGUCCGCAGUGCGCCUCAAACACCUCCCCACAGGAAUCAUUGCUCAGGCUUCAGAAGACCGCUCCCAGCACAAGAACCGCGCUUCUGCGUUGAAUCGCCUUCGCUCUCUUAUUGCACUCAAAGUCAGGAAAACGGUGGAUCUUGAUCCUUAUUCACCGCCUCGAGAGCUUCUUCAGAUACUUCCUCCCAAAUCAUCCAUUAGAGGGUCAGAUUGUGGUCCACAAAUUGGACCUAAUAACCCAAAAUUUGCAUUGGGAAUGCAAGCUCUUUUGGAUCUCAUUUUUGCAGUUGAGGGGUCUGUCUCGGAAGCUGCAAAGUAUCUUGGGUUAUCCACUGGGGCACUGUCUCGGUUAAUCCUAUCUGAUGAAUCACUUAGAAAGGAAGUAAAUGAUCUGCGGGCAUCAAAGGGUAUGAAGCCUCUCAAGUAGAAGAAGCUCUCAAGUUUUCAUUCCUUAUGAAGUUUUUUUUUCCUGUUCAGACUUCUCAUAGAGAUAAGGGGUUCUUUUAUUCAGAAGACAAAUCUUUGAACCUGUACGAGAUAUUUUUCCAUCAAAAAGCUGAUGUUGGCGAUGAAAAUACUGAAGCUGGUGAGAAGAAAGGUGUCAUAUGGCUGAAUUUUCAGCUUGUAGAAAACUCAUUCUUUGAAACUCAAUGAGCACGUUGAAAAAGCUGGUGCUUUGAGGUGUGCUGAAGGGAACAUUGAGAUGACAGAAGAUGCAUUUCUCUGAAUAUCAGAACUUUUGAAACAAUAUAAAUUUCUUGAUAUUCUCACACUGCAUACGAGUUAUAGUCUCAGUUUAAUGACUAUAUUUUUUCGGUGGAAAU